CCCCCCCACACUCAGGGAUGAGCGCCACCCUGAUCUUCCUCCGACCACCGCCUCGUAGUUUCGUAACUAUAUGCCCAACUCACACACUACAGCCCGUCCUCACGCUUGCACCCUCAUCAUUAUCGUUCAAACCAUCCCUGAAAACACGCAGAAGAGACUUCAGGAUCUUCUCCGAUGACGGGGACUCUGGUGGAGACGACGCUGGCGGAGACGCUGACGUUGGUGUAGAAGCGGACGGGGAGGAGAUGGAAGAAGAUGAAACGGACGAGUUUGAGAGAGAUUACGACGUUGAGUACGAGACUGCUGUAGCGACUACACGCGGCGGCGGCGGUGGUGAUGAUGGGAUUGCGAUGGUUCAGAGUAAGAGUUUUGUGUCGACUCAGGGGUGGAGCUCGGAAGUGGUCGUGGAUUAUAGAAUUAACGAGGAUGAAUUUCAUAAGAUCAGUUUAAUGGACUGUGAUUUCUUUAUCAGGAAGCCACCUGAUCCUGAUAACAAUGUCUAUGAUUUCAGAGAGAUGUAUGUGACGGAACCAGAUACUGAUGUCUAUGCGAUUCCAAGAGUUCUUGCACCAAUGCCUGAGCAGUAUAUCAGAUGUGCAAAGAGUGACUGGGGGACCUACAAUGUCACAGAACCACCAAUUGACGCACUUAGAGAUCCCAUGUACAAAUCAGAGUGGGAGGUUAUGAAGGUAUUUUUGACGAAGCACUACAGGAACCGACGUUUGGAUGAUCCGGAUUUUGUGCUAGACUUUGAGGAGAUUUAUGUUAUCGAUUCAAAAACAAAGUCUAUAACUCGGGCCAGAGUUGUGGUGACGGUUCCUGAAGGAAGAGAAAGGAAUAGAAAGAACGACCUUCUUGUUAUUCGGGACAAUGCGACUUCAUUCAAAAUAAUUCCCUCGGAGGAGAGAGACGAUCCAACGACUGUAGUACAUAGGGAAGAGUGGGAGCAGGACAGAAAGGACAUGGAAAGACAUCUCAGCAAGCUGCGGGAUUUCAGCGUUUCGAACUGGUUCUAAUUGAAUUUUGUACACUCUUUAAACCCUAAACUUACCAUCAAUUAGAGAUCAUGUUCAUGAGUAGGUACCUCUGUAUACGCAAACGAUGAAACAAGUACCACUUUUUUGUUCAUUAUAUUUAUUGCCAGAUUCAUUUUCUCCCU